AUGUUGUCCAAAGGCGUUUUUGCUGUCUCUUUCGUAAUCACUUUGUUGUACGGAAACUUGUUAAUGGAAGUUGAAGGGAUUGGUGUGAACUGGGGCUCUCAGGCGAGUCAUCCGCUACCUCCAGCGACGGUGGUGAGGCUUCUCCGGGAUAACGGAAUCCAAAAGGUGAAACUUUUCGAGGCCGACUCGGAUAUUCUCAGAGCUUUAAGUCGGUCGGGGAUUCAGGUUAUGGUCGGAAUCCCUAACGACUUACUUGCUCCUUUAGCCGGAAGUGUUGCAGCCGCAGAGAGAUGGGUCUCUCAGAACGUCUCUGCUCAUAUCUCCUCCAAUGGCGUCGAUAUCAGGUAUGUGGCAGUUGGGAAUGAGCCUUUCCUAAAGGCAUUCAACAAAACAUUUGAGAGCAUAACUCUGCCUGCUCUUCAGAAUAUACAAUCAGCUAUCAUCAAAGCCGGAUUAGCGACUCAGGUGAAAGUCACAGUACCGCUUAACGCGGAUGUGUACCAAAGUGCAUCUAAUCUUCCUUCUGAUGGAGAUUUCAGGCCUGAUAUCCGCGAUCUCAUGUUAGAGAUCGUAAAGUUUCUGAGUGAUAACCAAGCUCCAUUCAUUAUCAACAUUUACCCUUUCAUCAGUCUCUACAACGACCCAAAUUUCCCUGUGGAGUUUGCUUUCUUUGAUGGAACAGGUACUCCUACAAACGACAAUGGAAGAAUCUAUGACAAUGUUCUUGAUGCAAACUACGAUACACUCGUGUGGUCGUUGCAGAAGAAUGGGUUUGGGAACUUAUCUAUUAUAGUUGGGGAAGUUGGGUGGCCGACGGAUGGAGAUAAAAAUGCAAACCUGCAGUAUGCGCGGCGGUACAAUCAAGGGUUUAUGAACCGUCAAAAGGCUAAUAAAGGAACACCUAUGAGACCCGGGGCAAUGGAUGCUUACUUGUUCGGUCUUAUCGAUGAAGAUGCCAAAAGCAUUCAGCCUGGAAACUUUGAAAGACAUUGGGGGAUCUUUUACAUUGAUGGACAGCCUAAGUAUCAGCUCAGUCUUGGCAAUGGUAACGGGCUGAUCCCGGCAAAGGAUGUGCAUUAUAUGGCAAAGAAAUGGUGUAUUCUUGCGCAAAAUGCUAAUCUUCAGGAUCCUCAAUUGGGACCAAGCGUGAGCUACGCUUGUGAUCAUGCUGAUUGCACCAGUCUUGGGUAUGGUUCCUCGUGUGGUAACCUGAAUUUAGCCCAGAAUGUUUCAUAUGCAUUCAAUAGCUAUUACCAGGUAAGUAAUCAGCUCGACAGUGCGUGUAAGUUCCCGGGUCUCUCUGUGGUCAGUACCAGGGAUCCGUCUGUUGGGACUUGCAAAUUCAAGAUAAUGAUCAAGUCAGAUUCUUCAGCUGGUGAAGCAAGUGCGCCUUUGACACGAUCAAUGGCACUGUUGCUACUCUUCUUGAUGUGUCUGUAUUUUCUGUGA